AAAGGCUUCUCCAUCCACCGCCCACACUUGAGCACAAAACCAUCCGAGCACAAGCCCCUUGCCAUUCACUCCCUAGCGAAGUCCUCGAGGGUGGGAGAGCGGCUGGUGGCGGGGGUGGCGGGGGGCAGGAUUGGGGACUGAAGACUCCAUGCCAACGCAAAAUACUCUGCCAGAAGCUUCGAAGUACAGCAGUUUCCCAGGACCAUGCCCAUGCUCAGUUUCCCCUCGUUCCCAGUCUCUUUGCCCAGUUUCGGCUGGAACCUGGAAUGAUCUGAGGACGAAUGAGGUGGCAGCUGUUGGCGCACGGAUCGCGGAAUUUAUAAACAUUUGACCUUACUCAAAAUGUGCAAAGAAGAAUAAUGGAAGCCCCUGAAUACCUUGAUUUGGAUGAAAUUGACUUCAGUGACGACAUAUCUUACUCAGUCACAUCACUCAAGACCAUCCCAGAACUGUGCCGAAGAUGUGAUUCGCAAAACGAAGACAGAUCAGUUUCUAGCUCAAGCUGGAAUUGCAGUGUCUCAACUCUUAUUACAAACACGCAAAAGCCCACAGGAAUCGCUGAUGUAUACAGUAAGUUCCGCCCAGUGAAGCGAGUUUCCCCCCUGAAACAUCAGCCAGAGACUCUGGACAACAAUGAAAACGAUGAGCAAAAGGACCAGAAGGCAGAGUACCAGAAAGGAGGUGAUGCCGACCCAGGCCCCCAAGCCGAAGAGCUCAGCCCCGGAGAUAGAGAGGGCGGCCCCCCGAGUAAGAUCGCGGAGCCGAGUGCACUGCUGGGCGAACUGGAGCAUUAUGACCUCGACAUGGAUGAGAUUCUGGAUGUGCCUUACAUUAAAUCCAGCCAACAGCUUGCCUCUUUCACUAAGGUGACUUCAGAAAAAAGGAUUUUGGGUUUAUGCACGACCAUCAAUGGCCUCUCUGGCAAAGGCUGCUCUGCAGGCAGUGCUGAGAACCCGCCGUCCAACAUGACGCCGUUUUGUGUGCUUUCUCCCGUGAAAAGCCCUCACUUGAGAAAAACGGCAUCUGUCCUUCGAGACCAGCAAAAGCUCUCCACUGAAGACUCUGAGGGCUCGCCCCCUCUGGUUAAAUGUGGCUCUGAAAACCAGAGUAAGGACUUCCUGACCAAGACCUUCACUGAUGCCCAGAGUCGGAAAGGUGAGAAGCCAGCACCAGACUGCCAGCUCAGGGCCUUCCACCUGCAGUCCUCGGCGGCAGAACCCAAACUGGAGGAGCAGAUCGGUGGCAUGAACUGGACCAGCUCCCAAGGCCCAGAAGAAAGGAGUGAGUAUCUGAAGAAGGUGAAAAGCAUCUUGAACAUCGUUAAAGAAGGACAAAUCUCUCUCCUGCCACACCUAGCUGCCGACAAUCUAGACAAGAUUCACGACGAAAGUGGAAACAAUCUCUUACACAUUGCCGCAUCGCAGGGCCACGCAGAAUGUCUCCAGCACCUCACUUCUUUGAUGGGAGAAGAUUGCCUCAAUGAGCGGAACUCCGAGAAGUUGACUCCAGCGGGUCUCGCCAUCAAGAAUGGUCAGUUAGAGUGCGUACGCUGGAUGGUGAGCGAAACGGAAGCCAUUGCAGAGCUGAGUUGCUCUAAGGAUUUUCCAAGCCUUAUUCAUUACGCAGGGUGCUUCGGCCAGGAAAAGAUUCUUCUGUGGCUUCUUCAGUUCAUGCAAGAACAGGGCAUCUCACUGGAUGAAGUGGACCAGGAUGGCAACAGCGCCGUGCACGUGGCCUCACAGCACGGCUACCUUGGGUGCAUACAGACCUUGGUUGAAUAUGGAGCAAAUGUCACCAUGCAGAACCACGCCGGGGACAAGCCCUCCCAGAGUGCCGAGCGUCACGGGCACACCCUGUGCUCCCGGUACCUGGUGGUGGUGGAGACCUGCAUGUCACUGGCCUCUCAGGUGGUGAAGUUAACCAAGCAGCUAAAGGAGCAGACAGUGGAACGCGUCACGCUACAGAACCAGCUCCAACAGCUUCUAGAAGCCCAGAAAUCUGAGGGCAAGUCACUCUUUUCUUCGUCCAGUUCACCAUCCUCCCCAGCUCCCAGAAAGUCCCAAUGGAAAUCCCCAGAUACAGAUGAUGAGUCUGUAGCCAAAAGCAAACCUGGCAUCCAAGAGGGGAUGCAGGUCCUUGGAAGCCUGUCAGCAUCCAGCCGGACUAGGACUAAAGCAAAAGAUGAAGAUUCUGAUAAAAUCCUUCGCCAGUUAUUGGGGAAAGAUAUCUCAGAGAAUGUCUGCACCCAGGAAAAGCUGUCCUUGGAAUUCCAGGAUACUCAGGCUUCCUCUAGAAAUUCCAAAAAGAUCCCUCUGGAGAAGAGGGAGCUGAAGUUAGCCAGGCUGAGGCAGCUGAUGCAGCGGUCACUGAGUGAGUCUGACACAGACUCCAACAACUCCGAGGACCCCAAGAGCACACCCAUGAGAAAGGCCGAUCGGCCCAGACCACAGCCCAUCGUCGAAAGUGUGGAGGCCAUGGACAGCGCAGAAAGCUUACACUUGAUGAUAAAGAAACACACCUUGGCUUCAGGACGCAGGUUUCCUUUUGGUAUCAAGGCCUCCAAAUCUCUGGAUGGCCAUAGCCCAUCACCCACCUCAGAGAGCAGCGAACCCGACUUGGAAUCCCAGAGUCCAGGCUCAGGAACCACGCCCCCGAACCAGCCCUCUGGAGACCCCACUCAGCCCAGCCCUGACAGCACGGUAGCCCAGAAAGUGGCCACGAGUCCCAAGAGUGCCCUCAAAUCUCCAUCUUCCAAGCGCCGGACAUCUCAGAACUUGAAACUCAGAGUUACCUUUGAGGAGCCUGUGGUGCAGAUGGAGCAAACUAGCCUCGAAGUAAAUGGAGAGAAGGACAGAGAUAAGAACAGGACCCCCCAGCGGACCUCCAUGAGCAAUGAAUCAGGGGAUCAACUAAAAAGGCCUUUUGGAACCUUCCGAUCCAUCAUGGAGACACUAAGCGGCAACCAGAACAAUAACAAUAACUAUCAGGCGGUCAGCCAGCUGAAGACCUCCACACUGCCCUUAACCUCACUUGGAAGAAAGACAGCAGACGCCAAGGGAAAUCCUAUGAUCUCUGCUAGCAAAGGAAAAAAUAAGGCGGAGAUGUCCAGCAGCUGCAUCAACCUUUCCUCUAACACGCUGAUUGGAGAGCAUCUGCGUAACUGUGCACGGCAUAAUGACAUCAAUAGAAAAACGAAGAAAUCCUACAGCAUAAAGCACAUUGCUGAGCCAGAAUCAAAAGAACUCUUCUUGUAAAUCACCUUUUUAUUAUCUUUCAUUGCUGCCCUUUGGACACCUCUGGAAAUUUCUGGACGAUCCUCUGUGGAAAUAAAACCAUGAGAACAAUGCCUCACCAGCAGAAUAACAGAAUAUCAGGAUGCCUUAAAUUUAUAGUAGUAGACUAUCUAACACACAUUUUUGGGUGAUACUUGUAUAUAUACCUGGUUUUUAAAGAGAUGCUGUUUAAAAGCACGACUGAGCAAAUGUAUGUUUUCUAAGAUUGUAUCGAUUCAACCUACCCACAGGACAGUCACCGAGCAACUGAUGCCAUUUCGUAGUUCAUCAACUGCAUGAGAGUUGGCUGAUGUUGACUGAACUUCCCUUUCCCCGUAUCUGGGCAGUUUGGGCUUGGCAUCUCAAUGAGACCAGGCCAGCGUGUUGUUUUCUGUCAAGAAUGUUUUUCAGUCCUUUCUACUUUUUGUAUAAAGGAAAUAAAACCAUGUUAAUAGCCACCUAUAAGCUUGGAACACCUACUUUCUAAUAAAUCUGUGAUGUUCUGAUUUCUAAGGGA